UCUCCCUGUCUCAAAUCCUUAAUCGUAUUUGUAGAGUCUUCUUUUUUAUUUUUUUUCACCGUGUAAAGUACCAUUUAAAGGUUCCAGGGAUUAGGAUGUUGGUGUCUUUUGGGGGAGAAGUCAUUUAGCCGACCACAGUCCUUAUUGCCUCUUACCUUUCUUCUGUUUUUCUUUCUCAUCUGUCUUCUCUCCUAUUUUUAUUCUUUUUCAUCUUCCAGAAGCACUAAGUGUCAAGCAGACUGAGUGGGUAUGAUCUAAACUUAUCAAGAACUGAGUUGAUAUGAUCUAGAUGGACCACACAUCCCCGACCUACAUGCUUGCUAACUUAAGCCACUUACAUUCUGAGCAACUUCUGCAGGGCUUAAAUCUUCUUCGUCAACAUCACGAACUCUGUGACAUCAUUCUUCGAGUAGGUGAUGUUAAAAUCCAUGCUCACAAAGUGGUACUUGCCAGCAUCAGCCCAUAUUUCAAAGCCAUGUUCACUGGAAACCUUUCCGAAAAAGAGAACAGUGAGGUUGAGUUUCAGUGCAUUGAUGAAACUGCUCUCCAGGCCAUCGUGGAAUAUGCCUAUACUGGGAGUGUUUUUAUUUCGCAGGACACAGUUGAAUCUCUCCUUCCAGCAGCAAACCUACUCCAGAUAAAACUUGUCCUGAAAGAAUGUUGUGCAUUUCUUGAAAGCCAGCUUGAUCCUGGUAAUUGUAUUGGAAUUUCUCGUUUUGCAGAGACGUAUGGCUGUCAUGACCUUUAUUUGGCAGCCACUAAAUACAUAUGCCAGAAUUUUGAAGCUGUGUGCCAGACUGAAGAGUUUUUUGAGCUUACACACGCUGAUUUGGAUGAAAUUGUUUCCAAUGACUGUUUGAAUGUAGCUACUGAAGAGACUGUUUUUUAUGCACUUGAGUCUUGGAUCAAGUAUGAUGUCCAAGAACGCCAGAAGUACUUAGCACAGCUACUUAACAGUGUGCGACUACCAUUGCUGAGUGUUAAGUUCCUUACUAGAUUGUAUGAAGCAAAUCAUCUUAUUCGUGAUGAUCGCACUUGUAAACAUCUUUUGAAUGAAGCUCUAAAGUACCACUUUAUGCCUGAACACAGACUCUCUCAUCAGACAGUCUUGAUGACACGGCCUCGCUGUGCUCCCAAAGUACUUUGUGCAGUAGGAGGAAAAUCUGGACUGUUUGCCUGUUUGGAUAGUGUGGAGAUGUACUUUCCUCAGAAUGACUCUUGGAUUGGUUUGGCACCCCUAAACAUUCCUCGCUAUGAAUUUGGAAUAUGUGUUUUAGACCAAAAAGUGUAUGUUAUAGGUGGCAUUGAAACUAAUGUGCGUCCUGGCCUCACUAUCAGAAAACAUGAAAAUUCAGUAGAAUGCUGGAAUCCUGAUACAAAUACCUGGACUUCUCUUGAGAGAAUGAAUGAGAGCCGAAGUACCCUUGGAGUAGUAGUACUUGCAGGAGAACUUUAUGCUUUAGGUGGUUAUGAUGGACAGUCUUAUUUACAAUCUGUAGAGAAGUAUAUUCCCAAGAUAAGAAAAUGGGAACCUGUGGCACCAAUGACUACAACAAGAAGUUGUUUUGCCGCAGCCGUGUUGGAUGGAAUGAUAUAUGCCAUCGGUGGGUAUGGUCCUGCCCACAUGAACAGUGUGGAACGUUAUGAUCCAAGUAAAGACUCCUGGGAGAUGGUUGCAUCUAUGGCAGAUAAAAGGAUUCACUUUGGUGUGGGUGUCAUGCUAGGAUUUAUUUUUGUGGUGGGUGGACAUAAUGGUGUUUCACAUUUGUCAAGCAUUGAAAGAUAUGACCCUCAUCAAAAUCAGUGGACUGUGUGUAGACCAAUGAAAGAACCCAGAACAGGAGUUGGUGCUGCAGUAAUUGAUAACUACCUUUAUGUAGUUGGUGGUCACUCAGGGUCUUCCUAUCUGAAUACCGUGCAGAAAUAUGACCCUAUCUCAGAUACAUGGCUGGAUUCAGCUGGCAUGAUAUACUGUCGCUGCAAUUUUGGAUUAACUGCACUUUGACAAGUGUGGACUGUGGAAAUAGCGUAGUGAUGAACCUUGUGCCGCAUGAAAGGAUGCCCAGUUUUCUGAAAUCCAAAAGCUACAUUGCUUCCUUUAACUUAAAAUGGCAUGAAGACUCAGAGUUUUGUUGGGUACUUUGUAAUGACAAGUAGCUUUGGUUGCUCCUGAUUACACAGUGAAUCAGUCAUCAAAAAAGAAAGAUCUUGCCAAUUGAAUUGUGCACUUUUUUUUUCUAAUAUUGGGAUAGAAUAGUUUUAAGUUCAUAAGCAUACAUGUGGAGAAAACCUUGCUGCUUUUAAAAAACAUAUAUUUUAGCUUUCUUCCCCCUCCUUGACAUGCACCAUGAUUACCAGGACAAAAGAUGCUUAGAUGCUGGAGUAUAUUUAGUGACUGGACAGAGGGCUGAUACUGUCUGUUGGAUAUAAAUUCACAUGCUUAAAAUUUUAAACAAACAAAGGGCUGCUUUUUUUUCCCUGGUACUUUUAAGGGUUGUAGAUUACAUGCCAUAGCAAGUCAUUCCUGCUAAAUGGCUUUAGGGCUGGGGAUGUAAUAAGUUUGCAAGAUAAAUGCAUUUACUAUCAUGAUAUUUGGGGUCCUGUUUUAAGAAGUCAGAUAUUUAUUGGGUAUGCCUUUUUUAUAUGGGCAGGUUAAUGCUGAAUAAAUUUAGUUACCCAUCUGUGUAUGCUAUGCUAAGCAUGAUUAGAAAGAGUUAAGCAUAUCAGGUUUUUUUGCUUCUGUUUUUUAGUACAGCAGGCUUCCCAGUGUUGAUGUAAAUAUUUGACACAUGUUUAGUACCCACCCUUAAUGCACAUUGAUUUUUUUUUAAUGUAUCCUUACAAUAAUUUUAGUUUUUUAAGACUUUUGUUUGCUUUUUCAAAGUGUUCAGAUAUAAAAAUGGUGCUAACUAUAGGAUCUAUAACAAGUCUAUAACAUGUUCUUUUGGAUGUUCAAUGUGAGAUAUGCAUGACAUGUUUCAAUAGUAUUUUUCAUUUUUACUGGCUUGGUUCAUUUUUGCUUAUUAAAAAUGUUAGUCAUUAUACUAAUGUUAACAUCCAAACAUCAUUUUAAAUGGUCUAUGUUAUGCUUUUCAUGGUUCCUGAAUAGUGAUUUAAAGAAAGGUACAUUUUUCUGUCUUCUUUUUUCUUGUACCAGAUAUUAUAUGCCCUUUUUAAAAACAAAAAUAUAUGCAUUAAAUAUAAAGCGCUAGGCAGUUACUCAUUACUUUGUACAUUUCUUAGGUAACUGAAUAUUUUAAAGGUAUUGAGGAAAACUGGAACUCGAUGUUUACUUAAGUAAUGGUUCUAAAUUCAGUUCUACUUUCACUUAAGAAACAAGCUUUUAAAGUAGAAUUGUUUGCUAUAGCCAAGUGAUAGCUUAUCUAAAAAAAAAAGAACUGGUUAACUCAUUUUGUUUUAGCAUGUUUUAGUAAAUGUCUGUUAGUCUCGAACACAUUACUUUGCAUUUUAUUAGAAUGUCGGUACUUGUACUUUUGGUACUGUAGUCAUUUUGUUUUCCUUUCCUUGAUUUUUUUCUUUUUUCUUUUUUUUUUUUUUUAACUGUCUGCUAUCUCUUUAUAGUCUCUGCAAAACUAACGUGUAUUUGUUUCCUAGGAAAAAAUUCAUACUGCGUUCUUAAGUGCCGUAAUGUUCUAAACUAUUGUUAAGAAGCCAUUUGUAAUUUAAAACAUAGGUUCAUUUGUUAACAUAUAUGUUAUCUGUUGAAAACUAUUUAUAGCCAGGCAGUCUGCAGUUUUCCUUGUUCUUCCAUAAACUGCCAGUUGUAGAUUUAAAUAUAUACUACUAUGUAAACUCAUCUUUAAUCAUGCAGGUAGCUUCAUGCUUUAUGAAUAUUUGCACAGAUUAUAAAACCUUGCAAGUGAUUUUUAGUCUCUUUCUAAUUAAGAACUCAACAAGAGCUACUAAUAAAAUGGACAGGCUGAAUAUUUUCUAUGUUGCUUGUUUGAAUAACAUAAUGACAUAUAGCAAUAACUUUUUAAUUGAUUUGAAUAAAUCUGUUGAAUAGAAACAAGGUGCACUAUUGUGAUUGGCCAAGACUUUAUUUAAAAGAAAGCAAUUUAGAAUAGAUUCCAUCACCUACUUAAUUUUAAAUCCCCAACUCAAUUUUCUUUCUAUUUAUAUCAGUCAAAUUGUCAAAUACAUCCUAUUUCACUAUUUUUAAUCCCCUCUCUCCAGAAGAUAAGGGGAUUUGAAAAACUAUAGAAAUUUAAUUGUAAACAGAUCUAUACUAUAUGUUUUAUUUUACUCACAUAUCAUCCCCACUAUCAAAUUAGUAUAAUAAUAAUAUCAAAUUAUAUAAUAUUUGGUAAAUCAGACCAAAGGCAUAAGCUGAUCAUUGUUUUGGAAGAAUCUAAGUUUCACCUUGGUGAAGGCUAAAUGUGAAACAUCUUGGGCAAUUGUAAGAGCCAUAUACUAGAGAACAAAUUUGAAAACCUGUGAAAGGAAAAGAAAAAAAAGUUUAGAAAUGCUUAUUUUAGGUUUGCUAACCCUUCUGUACUAUGCGUAGCAAUCAGAGAUAUUGUCACCUGACAAUUGAUAACUUUACAAUAGAGCCUUCUCGUAUAGAUUUGUGAGAAGUUCCAUCAUGAAUAUUUUGCUGACCAAUUGUGAAUGUAAAGCCACGUUUCUUAUAUUAAAAAGGAUCAAAAUGUUUGAUUAUAAAUUCCCAGGGUUAAAGAUACUAGAAAUAAUUUUAUAUACUCAGGCAAGGAGGAGAAAGCUAUAUAAAAUUGCCCAGAACUAUUUUGGAAAAAGUAACAGUGGGAAAUAGAAAUUAAUCUUAUCAGUUAGAAGAUAUUUGCCUUCUGUAAUUAUGAAGACUUAAUCUGUUAGGAAUGUUCGGCUCUUUAAUGUAUGUUGAAUAUAGUAAUAGAAUCCAAGUGAUUUUUAAUGUAGCCCAAAGGAUAGUUAUAUAAGUUUCAUGUAUUAUUGCUAAUACUGUUUUAAAUAUGAAUAUUACAUUAUAGGACAUGGUAUCAAGUAAUAAGAGAAUGGCAUUAGGUUUUGAAAAAUUAUUUUGAUAGCUUGACAGAUAUGGAGGGUCUACAAUAUGUGUGUGAUACUGUGCUAGAUACUACAGGGGCUAGAAAUAGAAAUGAUACAGUCUUUUCACUCAAAGGGUAAAAUAUAGUGAAGGAGACCUGUACCCAAAUAACUAUUACAGUAAAGUGUGAAUCUAAUUCCUUAUUUUCAGCAUCAAAGAAGUGAUUGGAGAUCUGGUUUAUGUAUAAAUAUUUGUGUCCUUUAGUGUCCAGUUAGGUUUUAUUGACAUAAAAGAGAAUUAUUUAAAAACCUAAUAUUUAUAGAGCUCAAACUUUCCUAGUAUUGGAUAAUAUAUUUUCUAGUAGAAAAACAAUUAUAGAAACUUAAAAAAAACUUACUAUGUUAUCAAGGCUCUGACUAAUGUUGAAGGAAAUAUAUGUAAAUACAAUGCCGUGUUUGUUUUCAGUUUUGGUUUUGGAUUUCUGGUAUUGUCACCUAAGUGCUCAUUUUCAGGAAAAUCAGAAUCUACAAUAAAUAUACUGCUUAAAGUUCAAUAAACUUGUGAUAACCUCUAUAACCUCUGUAGUUGAAAGUUAAGAAAUUAUAAAGAUGUCACAUGUCAAGUUAACAUCCAGUUCUACUUCUUAACCCCCCCUUUUUUGUGUGUGUGUGAAACAGCACUUUAAUUAGACAUGAUUUAAUUAGAUACAGUUAUUCUGUGGCUGGGUAUAUAUUGGAUUUCACUUACAGUAUAUUGAUUCAGUGUUGCCACACAUUUGAAAUGAGUGAGGAAAACAAGUUUUAAAUACCAUAGGUUUACAAGUUUUCUUACUGGUGUGAAUAUGGAGUCAAAAUCCAGUUUACAUCUCUGCAGAGAGAAAAAUUGUUAUCCAUAUGUCUUAUUAUAUUAUACGUAUUUAACUAGAAAUAAUUUAUUGUUAAUUUUGUCAACUUAUCAUGUGUAAGUCCCAUUUAUUUUAAAAUAUUAAGCAAAAAGUUCCAAGUUUGCCUUAAAAACAAGUGAAAUUAAAGAACUGGAUGAUAAUGCCUGUAUUUUUGCCUUAUGAAUUGUGCUGUAUCAUAAACCAGAUAUGGUUUUGAUUUUAACAGGAUUCUGAAAUUUUGUAGAUGUAGAGUACUAAUAGAUGUACUCUCUUGCAAAGAAUGUGAUCUAGUUGUGGAUUAUGUAACGUUUAAGUGUUUUUGUAUAUGUAUUUUACCUCUGAAUAUGUAUCUUUUUAGCAUCAGGGUUUUAUUUUAUUUUUGUUUACAUAGUAAAGUGGCAUUUAGCCUGUUGAAGUUUAUAUUCUUUCGUCUUUUCUUUUAAGUUCUUUGUGUGUACUAUUGUGGUAAUUAAUGCUCUGUGAUGACUAUGGUUAAAUUUCAUUUAAUGUGAAAUAUUUAAAAUAAAUUUGCAAAACAAGA